AAGCUGCCACAAUCCCAAUGUCUCGAAAUGCCCAUGACCUCCAUCUGUCUACUCCACAUGUCUUGUCCAUCAUGCUUCCUCGACAACAUCUGACAUGGACAACCACAACAACACCAACAAACACGACAACACCGCUGUCAACAUCAUGGGUCGCGCACCAUACGGUGCCAUUGGCGAUAUCGGGCCGGAUACCGACGAGUCUCUCCCAGACUAUCCACACUCUUUGGAGCUUCAGCGUUAUGGCGGUUGGAUGAACCCUUACUUCACAAACUUCGGUCUCUCUGGUUUCGAGACCCAAUAUCCCAUCUUGCCCAGUUUGGGCAUGGACGUGAGCAAUGAAGACGCCGCACGAGCAAGUCCCCUGCCCGUCCCGUCGCCGGCCCAGUUUGAUAGGACUUUUGUUGCCGAGCGCUACCAGCAAGAGAUGAACGAUGGCUUCAAGGCCUGGCAAAUCCCCUCUCUUCACCAUGGCCUUAGCUCCGUCGACGAGGCCGACAUGAUCUCCAUCAGGGUCAAUCCCCAGAUGUGGCACCCACUCUUCCAAAAGUCCCGCUGGUUUGACCUCAAGUCCCCCGUCGACAUUACCAAAAAGUCGCUUACCGCUCCCCAUUGGUCCAUCGACAAUCCCGACGUCUUUGCCGAGUUGGGCAUCUGCGUCGAGAUGGCAAACAAAAUAUUCGCCGAGGCUCAGUGUACAAAAUGGCUACACGCCCUCUUGUUCAGCGACUGGAAGGAAAUCGCGGGAACCGAGUACGAGAGGGGCGGGAAACUAACCGGCGUCGAUGCCCAUAGAUUUACAUCUCAAGGUCACCCAAAUGCUCCCUUGACCCAGGCCGAGCGGAUACAGGUUUACAACGAGACCGUUAACCUCGCCGACCACAUCAUUUGGUCCUUCUUUGACGGCGACGACCCUCAUGCAUUUGGCUUCGCGAAUUCGAUGGAUGAAAAGUUCACGUCGGCCUAUACAAGCUGUGUUGAGGACAAGACGACAGGAGAACAGUUUGUUGCCAUUCGCAUGAAUGCCCGGAUAUUGAGGACUUUGUUGCAAGACAUCGAUGGUACUAGCAACCCGUCGGAAUCUCUUAGGGAUGCCGAAAAACACAUUGCUCGUCUGCAGUUUGCCGUUACGAUGGUACACGAGUUGGCGCAUGCGCUCAACUUUGCAUGCUUGAUAAAAGAUGGCGACUCCACUGCCGCGUACGAACCAGUCUACAACAAUGAGUGGGUGGCUGAGCUGGGCUAUUCGAUCGAAAACAAUCUCUUUGGUGGCACAUUCCGCUACACCCCCGAAGGCGUAGAAAGAGAACUAAUCCCGUCUACACUGCCCGGUUUGCGGCAGUACGGCAUGGCCCUAUACACAUUCGAGGACAGCACUUGGAUAUGGAACUCAAGCAACUGUACCGUCGACAAUGAUAUCCACUGGCCCCCAGACCAGCCCUUAUCCUACGACAGGUAUCCCAUUCCCACCUUCUACGCAGCCUCCCUCCAAAACCAAGAUUUUUGGGACGCGUUCGUAGCAACCAAAGGCCGAGGCGCCCUACGGCCACCUCUCCCCUUCAGAGCCCCCGUACUUGACUUGAAUGAGAUCACCCGCGUCUUCUCCGUGGUCCCCAACCCUAACAACCCCCAAAACCUCGCCGCAUAUCCUGAACUAGCCGCCAAAUACCAAGAUAUCGUCGACCACCUCCAACUCCGCAAGAAAGCCUGGAAACGCUGGCGCGGGAUCUCAGGACAAAAUGACCAUCUCGCCCAAGCCUACGCCUACUGGCAACGCACCCCUUACUCUCUCGUGGCAUGCCGCAACUGCGUCGAAGUCUUCAGCGAUGCCGCCGCCAAGCACGACGAGAAGACUUGCACGGCCAUGAUCAACACAAUUCAGCUGAAGAUCGACGAAUGGGAGGAACACGCCGGCCCGGCCAAAUCCCUGGGCUUCGUCUACAGCAUACUGCUCUUACUCAUGAGAGCGGCCAUUCCCUGGCGAAGAAAAGUGACCAGGUUCACCACCAAAUUUCCUUCCCAGGCUUGUGACGUGCCCAACCUCUGGCAGCCGAGCAUGAGCGCACUGGUCAAGGGAACAAAGUGGAGGUUUCCCGACCUCCACGAAUACGGCGACAACAAGGGCAAGGCGUGGAAAACGUUGGAUCUGUACGGCCAAAAAUACAAGUUUCUCACUCCCUACGACGCCCGCGCCGAUCUCAUCUCCGUAGCCCUACGCGACGGGCGCAGGUGCUGGACCAUCAGCCCGACUCCCAUAGGGUUGCUGGAUGCCAUCAGGCAGUUGGCGCAUGAUAUGAUGAAUGCACUUGACCACGAGGCGGAUCUGGCGGGCCCUAAUACCGAUGGCUGGCUGCCCUUCAACUUUACCUUUCCGGACUGGGUCAUGGGCUUCGAGAAGGGAGGCACCGAUCAGGUUGGGGACGUGGUGGACGUGUCGGAAGCUGAGGAGGAGUUGAAGAAUAGGGAUGCACAUCGUGCGUUUCUUGGGAGCGCGCCGCCGUCGCCUGUCAGUUCGUGGGCUGAUGCGAGUGAUGAUGAUGAUGAUGAUAUGAGUGAUAGUGAUGAUGAUAGUGAUGGUGAUGGUGAUAGUGACAUCGAGAUGGGCGAUCCGGGACAAAGCCAGAGCCAGGAUGUUGCCAGUCGUCUGAAGAUGGUUCUGGAUAUUGGGAAACUGAGCGGUGUCUCCAAAGCCAUGAAGAGCCGGGGUCCUCCUACCCGCGGUAUAUCCAAACCUCGUGGCCGUGGUUUCCGUGGUAGACGAGGCGGUGGUGGACGAGGAGGCGGCAACUCCGGUGCCGGUGCCAUCCGCCGUCGUGGUCCCUUCGGAAAAGCCUGGCGAUCCGUUACCCACGGUAUCGAUGACGACGACGAGGAAGAAGAUGAUGACGACCCCGAUGUCAUGGACAUAGAAUACGCAAGCAUCUCCCCCCUCUCCUCCCAGCGAGGUUCACCCAACCAAUCCAACCAAGGAUCCCUCCCCGUCGACCUCUCCAACCUCCAAAUCAACCGCCGCCACCGCUCCGUCCUCAACGACUUUUAUGCAUCCGGUCUCAUCACCGACAAAGAAACGGAGGACCUUAGUCGGGGCCACAGAAAAUUCCACGACUCUGACCUAACCUGGGAGGAACUGGGAUCGCCGUACGUGCCACUUGAGGAACUCAACAACGAGUGGGAAUAUGAUGGUGACGAGGCAUUGGCAGGCGUGGAAGAGGAGUGGAGGAAAAGGAAACACUGGAGUAGGGGGGAGGUUGCUGAUCAUUGGCCACCUCUAGAAGAGACUAGAGUUGAACACUGGGAAUUAACCGAUCACGGCCUCUUCUACCACGACCCCCACCGCAAAGGCAAACUCAAGACACAUGUCGCCCGACGGACUCCCAACGGCUGGGUGGUCUGCAAUGACAGUAUCAAGGGCCACCUCCAAUUAAAUGCCAAUACGCUGUUCCGUGGUAAGGUCCUGCAGAAGAGAACGCUGGACGAGGUAAGAGAGUUUGAUGGGCGGGAUGGAAGGCCAAUGUGGGCGUAUGUUGGGAGGGAUGUUUUUGAUUUUAGUAGUGUCGAAAACGAACUCGAUGGCCGCUUAAAGACCCUCGUCCGCGAUAACAUUGCAGCCUAUCAAGACUUGACCCAGCUCUGCCAUGAUCACAACAAGGACCCCGUUGAUCUCAGGAACCUGCUGUGGCCGUGGCGGUGCGCAGUCCUCAAGGACUACAUCAUGAACCCCCCGCGGGGACGGACACUGGAUGUCUUUACGAAGAGGGAGCUUGGACGGCAGAUUUAUCGGGAGGUGGGGAUGUAUAUCUGUAUUAAGAAUGAUGUUUAUGAUGUUUCUGAUUACGUCGAAGACCACCCCGGCGGCUCCCGCUCACUAGCCCUCAGCGCCGGUUCCAGGGUAACCGACAUCUUUACUGAGAAGCACGUCCUGGACCUGAGAACCUACUCUCGCAUCGUUCCCUCUUCUGAAGACGCCGAAGAAGAAACGAUCGAAAACAGAUUGUCCAAAGUCCUCGAAAAAUUCGACCACCUAAAAAUCGGCUAUGUAAUCCCCGAAGUCAAAUCCAACCACCGCAUCGGCCCUAACAGCAUAAUCCUGAACAACUACAUCUACGAUAUCACCUAUAUCGAAGAGCGUAACGGCCGCUUCGACACAUGGCUUACCAUCUCGGACCUCAAUAGGCUCCGCCGAUUGUACGGCCAAGAUAUAACGGACCUGUACAACAGCGAGACCAAGCGAGGCCAACGGCUGCGUGAGAUCUUCCGCGACAUCUCCAAGCUCAAAUCUUUUCUGAUAACAGGGAAGAUCUACCGCCGUCCCACUCGGCAGAUCACCGUCCGCGAGCUGAAACAACACGGCAUCAAAACCCUAGCCACAAAGGCCCAGCGCAAGCGCAAAGCCGCUCAAUGGCGGAAGUUGUCCUUCGCCGGCGGCCGCACGAUAGCAGCAUGGGCACGCAACAGCAUCGAUGGCGAACCAUUAUGGGUCAACGUCGGCGGCAUAGGCGGAAUCGUGUACGAUAUCAGCGAGAUGUCACUGUAUGACAUCCCCAGUCAUUCGCGCAAUAUGAGGUACCUCUCGGGCACGAUGCUCCCUGUGUUUGCCAACGAGGAAGAAGAAAGAGAAAUACCAAACGAAAAUGACGAGGACGCGUAUAUGGAGUAUGGCGCGAAGGUGAGAGCCGUGCAACUGACGGAGCUGUUUGCCGCAAGGGCGGUGGGUGUUUUGGUGGAAGAUCCCCCUGGUAUGAGUAUGGAGGAGCAAGAAGGUGUGGAGAGCGCCGAGGAGAAUGAGGAGGAUUUGUUUGAUGAUGAGAGCGAAUCUGAAGAAGAAGAUGCCGCUGGUGAAGAAGGGGACGAAGAAGGGGACGGAGAAGGGGACGGAGAAGGGGAUGAAGAAGGCUCUAUUGACUCAGACCUUCUUUCCAACCGGGAUCGUGCCAAACUAGCCCGGCGAAAGAAGGUCACGCCUAGUACGACUAGUCCGCCUCGCCCUCAAUCAACCCCAGGUUCCCGGCCGUCUGCCCGUGUUCCCAGCCCGGGAUUAGUAGUCCCUACCGCAGACAGCGGCGCCGCCCUCUUCCGACCCCACCAGAACAACAAGCUCCAAAGCCGUCUCUUCGAAGCGGCACCAGCCCCGAGACCGACUAAUACCCCUCAAUUACCUCGCAAGAGGCCGAGGGAUGAGAUAUCUGAAAUCAUUGAUGGCAUGGAAAUCAGUUUUAACUUCCAGAGCAAGUCCACGGAUACUAGCACCUCCUCCAAUGACUCCGCACCCUCCCCCUCUGCUGGAAGAGCCAGACCAAGAAGAAAACCAACGGGGCCAGAUAAAUCGCCGCAGGCUAAACGGCCCCGACUAGCGGGACAAGAUUUCGCAGCGAGGAAGGAUCAAGUGAGAAACCUAGCCACUGGACCCAAUCGGUUGGCGAAUCUGAGAGCGGAGAGGAGGGAGGAGAUGGCUAGAGCGGCGAGGGAGAGGAGGCACAAGACGAAGGCUGCUGCGGCGGCGGCGGCUGCGAAAGCACAGGCGGAUGCGCGAGAGAGGAAGGCGAGGAGGGGGCCGGUUGGUAGAAGGACGUCAGCGCCGGCGCCGGUGCCGCCGCCGAGGGUUACUACGUCUGUUCGUACGGGUGCUGAGCCUGGCACGCCUCGAGCUACAGGACUGUCGGUGCCUCCUCAGUCGGGACCAUCAUCUAGAACGGGCAAUGUGGCACAUGGAAGAACAGGGGGGAGAAGGCUUCUGGCUCCAGUCCCUGAAGAUGAUGAAGAUGAUGACGGAGAGCCGAGAGGCCAGAAGCGAGACAGGAGUGACUCACCUGAGAAUUCGCAGGAGUGGUUAGCGGAGAAGAGGAACCAAGGCAGACGUGCCCGGCAAUUAUCCCCUGACGAGCCGGAGCAAGAACAACGGGACGAAGAUGAGGAUGCUGAAAUGGAAGAUGCUGGCGACGGACAGAGAGAUCGUCAACGCCCAGCAACUCACAGGUUUCAAGACCGACGCGAGGCAGGAAGAGGAGGUCAACCCCAGCAUCAACCGGCAUCGGGACGAGCACAAGCUGCAGCACCUGGAGGUGGUCCUCCAAGCGAACCCUCCUCUGAGGGCUCAGAGAGCAGAAGGAGGCCAGGUCGACGCGUGGGAAGCAGCCACAAUCGACCCAUUUCCAUCUCCAGUCGCGAGUCGACUUCCAGUGAUGAAGAAGACGAUGAUGGCGACAACGGCGACGACGGGAGGAGUCCUCCCCGUCAACCCAUCGGCCGCAGCCCACGACGUCCUUCUGCCCCUGUACCUCAACCACGUUCAGGCACAGACAUAGUCAGGAGCCCAGGCCGAUCAAUUGGUCGUCGAUUACCAACUCAACCUGCCGCCGACGAAAAUGAGGACGAGGAUCUAGACGAGGAUGUCGUCGAACAAGACGAUCUUUUUGCCCAUGAAGACGGAGACAUGGACAUGGACAUGGACUUCGAUGCCCAACUCCAAGAACUCGAAGCCGCCGCCCAGCCCGCCGAUCCCGAACCGGAACAACCCGAACAAGAACCAAGACCAAGAAUCAAACAUGUCAACCGCCCCCCUCUAGACCAUCCGGUUUAUAACCGGCCCAUGACAGGGGGGAAAUUCGUUCCUGGCCAGGGCCCUGGUCCGGGUCCGAUUAGGAGGUAUGAACCGGGUUCGGACGAUAGGGAUAGGUUUGGUGAUUAUAGGGAGAGGGAUGGGGAGAGGUCUAGUGCUGAGGGGACGGAUGAAGAUGACAAUGAGGAUCAUAAUGAGGAGGAGGAGGAUGAGGAUUAUGAGGAUGGUGCUGGACGUGGACAUUCUGGUGGUUCUCGUCGUUCUCGGGGGUCUAGGGGGUCUAGGGGUUCUCGUGGCUCUCGUGGAUCCGGUGUCAACAGAUGGUCAGAAUACUCAGGCGACAGUAUCUUCCCUACCCCUGGUCGAUCCAGAGGUAGGGCUGCUGGAAGGAAUGCCGAUGCCGCUCGGGAUGCCGCCCCUGAACAAGAAAACGAAGACGUCGCCAUGGGCGGCGUCGACGACCAACAACUUCCCGACCAAGACCUUCCCGACCAAGAACAGCCCCAAACUCCACCCCCGGCGGACGACCGCGACCCCCGCCACCCCGACUACGUCACCCCCCACCUCCGCCCCGAGUACACCCCCCGCCAGCGCGCCCACCUGCUCGAACUCCAUAACAUCCGCAAUGAGUUCUCUCCCACCACCGCGCGACAAUUUAUAGAGCGAGCCAAUUACGAGUACAAUCUCAAUCGACCAGCGCCCACACCCCCCAACAGGCGUCCCCGCGCCCCCUUCAAGACACCCGCCAGAUUUGUGGUUAAAGGGUUACCCCCUCACAUCCCCAACGACGAACAGCUAGAAGACCAAGUGCGCGAAGAAGUCGAUCGCGCCGUCAACCUCUUCCGAGAAAGAAUGGAGAGGGAAAUAGCACGGUUAGAGGGCCGGGAACCCGUUUAUGACCGUCCCCCGCCAGACCAUACAGGGGGGAAAUUCGUCCCUGGUCAUGGUUAUUAUGGUCAGGCACCUCGUCCAAGACCGAGGCCGGAAGAUGACCUUCCCGACGUCGACGCCGAGAUGGUUGAAGGAGAAGACCUGGAAGAGGAUCCGGAGUCGUUUGCUGAGGGAGAGGCGAGGGUUAGAAGGGAGGCGGUGGAGAGGUUUGUUAGUAACUGGAGGGAGAGGUUUAGGGAUACUUUGGACAGGAGGGAUGUGGAGAGGAGGGUCAUGAUGAUUAGGGCGUGGGGAGAGGGGAGGGAGUAUGUUAGUGAGGAGGAGGAGCCGGAGUUGCCUGGGGAUAAGAGGAGGAAGAAGGGGAGGAAGGGGGCUGCUAGAGGAGGGAGGGGCGGAAGAGGUGGUAGGGGAGGUGGUAGAGAUGGUAGAGGUGGUGCUGGUUCUAGUGUCGCCCCCGCCCCUGCCCCUGUUCCUGAUGAUCCCUUCGCUCCAGCUCCUGCUCCUGCCCCAUCCCGUACUACCCGGGCCCGGGCCUCUGCUGCGCCGGCUCCUGCUGCGCCCAUUACAAGAAGCACUCGCAACAGGCCCGCUGCGCAUGACUCGGAUGAAGGAGCUCGACUAGUGGCUCAACUGCGAGAGGAAGAAGACCGCCGAGAGGCCGAAAGGCUGCAAGCUGCUGAGCAAGCCGCGGCGCGUAGGGCGACGAGAGCGGCAGGCAGAAGGGGUGCUGCACCCGAGCCUCAACCAGCACCGGCACCGGUACCGGCACCACAACCCCGAGCUCCCGCUAAACAAGCGGCUCCGGCCACACAAGCAACUCCGCCACCUACACGUCCAAGCACGGAGCACGCACCUUCCUACAAAAGGGCCACCUUCUUGCAACGAAAUCUCAAUCUUGCAACUCGCCCAUCCGCACCCGCUAAACAAGCAGCUCGCCCAGCAGGAAGCCAACCCCGUCCACCUCCUCCCCCUCCCGCCCCCCUUCCCCGCCAACGUCGCCGCGGCGACCCCGACCCCGAUGUCUACGAACCCCUCCCCAUCCCACCCAAUGAGACAUCCGAACAACGCGCCGCUCGUGAAAAGAAGGACAAAGAACUGAGAAAGAAUCACCGCGAUAGGAAGUAUCAGGCGGAGAGGAGAGCGAGGGCGCGGGAGGCUGCGGCGGCGGCGGCGGAGGCCGAGGAGGAUGCCGCGGAGGGCGAAGCGGAGCCAAAGAAGAAAAAGGCAGACAAGAACAAAAAGGGAAAGAAGAAGGACGAGGAGGAGGAUGAAGAGGAUGAAGAUGAGGAAGAUGAGGAAGAAAGAAGGUUGAAGGCGAGGAGACUGAAAGAUAAGCUUUAUAGACGCGAGAAGAGGGCGCGGGAACGGGAGGAGGCGAGGAAGGCUGAAGAAGAGGGUGACAGCGGUGACGACGAUGGCGAGAAGAAGAAGAAGGGGAAGGCUGUUGACAAGGGCAAGGGCAAGGCCACGAAGAAAGGCAAGAAGAAGGAUGAUUCGUCCGAAGACGAGGAUGACGACUCAGACAAAAGCAACGAAAGCUACGGCGACGAAGACUUCAAUAACCACCGCGGUCGUGCAGGGGAGAGUAGCGCGGUGGGAGGUCGGCGGGAAGCCAGGGCGACGAGGGGGGUGAGUAGAGUGGCGCAGAUAGAUGAAGAGGAGGAGGAGGAGGAGGAGGAGGAGGAUAGUGAGUUAAGCGAUUGGCAUUCUGAGGAGAAGGAUCGGUCGAGUGAUGUUGAGUGGACUGGUUGAGUAGGGUGUUGAGUAGAAUGUUGGAUGGAUGUUGGAUGGAUGUAUCACGGAUAUGAUGUUGUAUCGAGUUCUCUUUUGUUUGGGGUUAAUUGGUUCCUGUUUGUUUGGAGUUGGGUGUAUCGUAUUGGCGGUUAAAGGCGUUGGGGUUGCUUAUUUUGUCGCUUAUUUCCUUUUACUGUCGUCUCUACUGGUGUGAUGGAUAUAUCGUGUUCUCUGUGUCUGGAUGUCUGGAUAGUUUGUGAACUUGAUCUUGGAUUCUUGCUGCCU